UGAACGCAGUCUGUCUCGUUGCUUUUAUACGGAAGCUACUCUAAACUCCACCAUGAAGACAUUGGUGCUCUCCGUCCUCCUGGCCGUGGCUCUGGCUGACCAGCCGUCUUUCUCCUACGACGCCCCUGCACACCGUCCAUCCGCCCCCGUCAGAGUGGUCGAAAUCAUCCGCGACGAUCGAGUCCAUCCUGCUGCUGACGGCUCUUACACCUUCGACGUCGAGACUCAGGACGGCAUCGUCAGGCACGAGGCUGGUGGCCCUGGAGGUGCUCAGCAAGGCUCAGUCAGCUUCACCUUCCCCGACGGCCAAGUCUUCGACCUCCAGUUCGUGGCCGACGCCAACGGCUACCAGCCUCAGUCGCCCUUCCUGCCCGUGGCUCCUGCCUUUCCCCACCCCAUCCCCGCCCACGCCCUCGAACAGAUCGAGCGAGGGCGUCUUGAGCAUGAAGCUCGCGCCCGCGGAGAACUGCGUGAGUCCUCCAGCCAAGGUCACUCCGCUCCCUCACAACUCUACGGCCGACCUUAGUCCAUUAUUUGAUCAACGAGUCUUUAGAAGUUUCUGUUUUCCUUAGGGUAGCUCACUUCAUUUAUUUCAUGCUGUUGUGCCAUUACAGGGUGAAUGUUUGUUAUGCCUGACGACUGUAUUAUUUCAUUUCCGAAUGAAUGUAAAACGAAUAAACAUAUUUCAGAACUAU